AUGGAUUCAUAUGAUACCUAUGCCUCCCCCGGCAGAAAGCGCGAGGCGGAAUCAUUCUCCGGGCGAGCACCUGCCGAAUACCGACGCCGGUCACCGGCCUCACAGGAUCGCCGCCGAGGCCGUGGCCGCUCCCGGUCUCCCAUGAUUGACCGCUACGAACCAUCUGAUCACACCCGUCGAGAUGACUUCUACAAUAACUCUCGCGAACAUGCUGCCCGCGAGCGCGAGGAUCGUCGACGCCCACCUUCUCCCAAUGUUGUCAACAUUGAUCGCUAUGUGCCUGGCCAGGAUGCGGGCAAGCGACCACCCCCAACCAACCCCCUCACCAAUCCAUACACUCUUGACUUCACGGUGGGGUUCAACUUCUUUGCGGAAUGGUGGAGAGCCGAACAAAAGAUCAACGAAGAAAAGGAACGGGCAAAGAAUGGUGGUCGUCAUCCAUCUGAUCGAGUAAAAGGAGAGCGCGAGGCCCGUGAUGAUCGAGAGAAGGAGCACUCGCAGAUUCAAGUAGCCUAUGAUGCAUACAAGGUGGAUAUUCAAGUUAAGCUGGGGCGCCAAUUCGUUCAGCAACACAGAAACGAAGAAUGGUUCAAGGAGCGCUACGUGCCUGAAGUGCGAGAUCGCCUCCGUAGCCAAUUCAUGCAAUUCCGGAAAGGUGCCUACGACCAGUGGGAACGCGACAUACGUGCGGGUACGUUCGAUGAUUUCACUCUUGAGGGUAUUUACAAGAAUGAAAGCGACGGCGCUGGUGGUGUGAUUGAGAAGGAGGAAGGUGAAACAACCGCUGUGGGUGAGACCAUGGGCGUUCUCGACUUGUUGCCCGUCCGAGGAGGCGAACUCCGCGAUGAAGCCCUAUCUCAACCCACUCUGCUCAUCAAGACCUUGGCUCCGAAUGUCUGUCGUGAUAAUAUCGUGGAAUUUUGCAAAGAACACCUCGGAGAGGGUGACGGUGGCUUCAAAUGGCUUAGCCUCAGCGACCCCAACCCGUCCAAGAAGUUCCACCGCAUUGGUUGGAUCUUACUCAAUCCUGCCGCUGAGACUGUUGCUGUGGAUCGAGGAGACGGCCGUGAGGAAGAAGGCGAAGAGAUGGAUACCAAUACCGGUAAUACCCUCGGCACAGCGGAGAAGGCUCUAGAAGCUGUCAAUGACAAGACCAUACAUGAUCCUAUCCACGGUGACUUCGUCUGCCACGUGGGUGUUCAUGUUCCACCCUCACAGCCACGCAAGAAGGCGCUUUGGGAUUUGUUCUCUGCGCCUGAGCGAAUCGAUCGUGAUCUCGACCUUGCUCGCCGAUUGGUUUCCAAGCUGGAUAAUGAGAUGGGCCAGGGUGUUGAUGGAUUCGCUAAGAUUGAGGAGCGGAUUGAAGAUCUGCGCGGCAAGGGUUGGCUGCAGCCACCGGUCACUGGACCUGUGAGUAUCAAGAAGCAGUCCAACGGAUACGAUGAGGACGGCCCCGACGAGGGCGAGAUGGAGGAGGGCGAAGAGAAGGAGGCAUCUGAGGAAGACGAGGUUGAUGACGAGGACCUCUUGGCAAAAAAGAAAAAACUUGAUCUUAUGGUCGAAUACCUACGCCGAGUCUACAACUUCUGCUUUUUUUGUGUUUUUGAAAGCGAUUCGGUUCAUGAGCUUGGUCGCAAAUGUCCCGGUGGACAUCUUCGCCGCCCACGAUCUGGCCUUUCUAACCAGGCCAAGCAAGUCGCCCGCGCUACUGCUUUGGGACAACCAUUCCCAUCCAAGAAAAAGGAACCCAGUGAAGAGGGUGAAGAACGAGGCUCACCGGUUGCGGAGAAGCGGCCACCGCGACUCAGCAAAUCAGAGCAGCAGCUACAACGUGCAUACAAUUGGGUGAAGACAUUUGAGGAUAAAGUGCUGCAAAUCCUGGAACCAGAGAAUGUCGACCUGCGCAAAAUUGGAGGUAGGCCUGUGGAUCAAGCCUUAGAGGAGGAAUUAUCCAAAUACGUAAAACAGGAGGAUGAUUCACGCUAUCGGUGCAAGGUUCCUGAAUGUACGAAAUUAUUCAAGGCCGAAAACUUCUGGCACAAGCACAUUGAAAAGCGCCACACAGAGUGGCUUGACACCAUUCAACGAGAGCUGUCUCUUGUGAAUGCAUACGUCUUAGAUCCAGCGCGCAUUGCUCCGUCCCGAUCUGAUUCGAACAGCAAUGGCCACUUCCCGAUGGCCGGUGGUGCCCAGAGUGGCACUCCACGUGGCUUCAGCCUUGCCAACGCGCCUUAUAUUGGCAAUCCUGCCCUCCCUGGCGGGUUCCCCACAGCCGGGAUGCCUGGUCUCGCAGGACCCACUGGUGUCUGGAAUGGAAACAUGCUCAUGUCAGGCGACGCCGGCAUGCACCAACCAGGUGUCAUGCGCCGUGGUCCGAACCGUCAUAACAGCCGUUCUGGGCCAUACGACCGCCGCCGAGGCUACAAUGGCGGCCCCACUGGUCGUUUGAGCCCCGUCCGAAUGUCCAACAUGUACGGACCUGGUGGCCGUCUUCCCCCAGCUGGCAUCUCCGUUCCUCCUGGUCACCCGGCUGCCAAUAUGGUCCCAACUAACAACCCUUUCCCUGAUGCGAUGGGUGCUGGCGGUGGGUCCCAAGCCAUGCCUCCACGUGAAGCGGUCCAGGGCCGCAGCCUCAAGAGCUAUGAGGACCUGGAUGCCGUUGGUGGUUCCGGUAGUGGAGAGCUGAACUAUUAG